AUCCAUGGCUUGCAUUAAACCAUAGGUGAAAGUCCUCUGAACUGAGCAUUUACAAUCUUAAGCGCUAUGUUUACUUCUCCUUUACAGGCGGGAGGGGGAUGGGGGGGCGCUAUUGUUAUCCUCAUUUGGCAGGGAAAUGCUCAGAUAGAUGCCCAGAUGUAAAAAGCUUGUGGGUUUUAUCUAUUAGGACUCCUGCACUUAGAGCUUUGCCUGCCCACACCCGACUAGGUGGAGUGCCCGUUCCUGUGGGAUUCCUGGCAAGAUGUCAUUGUCAGUGACUUCUGUGGUGACUCCUUACCCCACUCCUUUUGGAAGCUUCUUCCAGGCGGGGAAACCGAGGCCAGGUAGGGGCGGGGCCGUGCUUGGGCCAAUGGGCGUGCGCCCCGCCCCCAACCAGCCUGGGCGGCCUGGUAACCGCAACCCGCAGCCUUGCAAGCCUCUGAGCCAUGGCGUGCGCUGGGCUGCUCACUGUGUGCCUGCUUGGGCCACCUGCGCCCCAGCCGACGCGACACUCUGCGCCUGCCGCGGGACACGCGCUUUUUCAGGACGUUUUCCGCAGAGCAGACAAGAAUGAUGAUGGUAAGCUCUCGUUUGAAGAAUUCCAGAAUUACUUUGCCGAUGGGGUUCUCAGCUCUGCGGAGCUGCGGGAACUGUUCAGCGGCAUCGAUGAGCAGCUUACUGACAAUUUAGAAACAGAGAAACUGUGUGACUAUUUCUCCACACACCUGGGUGUCUAUCGGCCUGUGCUGGCUGCGCUGGAGUCUCUGAACCGUGCGGUGCUCACUGCCAUGGACACGACAAAGCUGGAGUAUGAACAGGCCUCCAAGGUGGACCAGUUUGUCACACGAUUCCUGCUGCGGGAGACUGCGAAUCAGCUACAAGCCCUACAGAACUCCCUGGAGGGGGCAUCAGACACUCUGGAGGCCCAGGCCCAGCGGUAUGUCAGUGCUGCUGGGCUGUGGGUGUAUGGGUGUCGUUUGUUCCUGCAUUCCAAACUCCUCAGUAUCACGAUCCAUCCAGCCUCUGGAGGCCACGUUCUUGGGUUGGAUGAAGAAAAUAUCAAAGUGCAGAGUAGGUCCUGUGGCAGUCGGAGGGCAGGACGCAGAGCCCUGAGGAGCAUCAGUUGGUCACCAACCUGGUCUCCUGGAUCCUCUGAUACAGGGCGGAGUUCAGAGGCUGAGCUGCAGUGGCGGCUGCAGGUCAACCGCCUCCAAGAGCUCAUAGACCAGCUUGAGUGCAAGGCACCACGGUUGGAACCCAUGCAUGAAGGGGACCUUGCCAAGGGUCUUGACUCACACAUCCUUGUAGCACAGAGGCAAGUACAAGUGGCAGAGGAUGCCCUGCAGGAUUUCCAUCGUGCUCUGUGCUGCUACAUGAACUUCACAGGAGCCCAAAGCCACUGUCUGCAUGUAUCUGCCCAGAAGAUGCUAGACAAUGCUGCUUUCACCCUAUAUGAGUUCUGGCAGGAUGAGGCCUCCUGGAGAAGGCACCAGCAGUCACCCUGCAGCAAGGCUUUCCAGCGCACCCUCAUUGAUCACCUGCGGGCGCCAGACACUCUCACCACUGUGUUCUUCCCAGGUGCGCUGUAUCCCUGUGCUUCAAAUAGUUCUGGGACGCAAGAGGGGAGCCCCAAUAUCUCCUGACGCCCCAACUUCUCAUCCACAGCCUCCUGGUGGAUUAUGAAUAAUAACUGAGUCGCUGGUGACUAUAGCCCUGCCUAUUACUCUAGAGCCCGUUGCACUGGCCAACUCUACGCUAAGAUCAAGGAGUCUGCCUGUUCCCAGGCUAAAGGCCUGGUCAGCUGGUACAGGGUCUCUCAGCCCAGGAAUCAGGAGCCAGGCCGUUUGCUUGCUUUAUUUAUUUUACUGUUUGUAACUUCCAAGCACCUGGGCUUCUGCCUGAUUCAGGAAACCCAGAUUCUGGUCUCCCUUUCCUCUACCUUGCUGUGUGACCCAGGCAGAUCCCUCACCUCUCUGGCUGCCUAGGGGAGUUCUUCUUUCUGCUUACUGCUUUGGGGUUAUGUUUCUGUUCUUCCUCAAUCAGUGGCAGAACCAGGGCUGAUGCUCAGGGACCCCCCUCAAACCCUGGAACCUUGACCCUUAAGGCCAUGCCAACACAGUGCAUAGUGUAGAGACCUGGGUGUCUAUCACCCUGGGGUCAGUCCUAACAUUUCUAGCAUUAGUAGUUGUACCAGAGACCUCUGGAAGAUCCUGGGUUGGUUUGCAUGUCAUUUACAUAUCAUUUGCAUGCUCAUACCCCACCCAUUCUCAGGGCACUAUGGGAAGCCCCAAGAUGACCUUGCAAAGUAGCAAUAAUUUGGGCCUAGAGUUGCCUGCUGCCCCCCAGAGAUCUCUGAACCCCAGCCUGGGUCUUCAGCACAGAGGCAAUAAAGUUGGUAGUCACCUGUG